ACGGUGAUGCUCCAACGUCUACAUAAUCUGAAUCCUAUUUCUUCUCUAGUUUACUUACUCUAUUAGCUCUCGUUCCCAAGCUACAAACUCUAAAUUGGAAGCGAUGGUCCUGGAAGAAGGGAGCAGGGCGCCGGCGGCGUUGGAGGCGGCUCAAAGGGCGGUGGCGGCGAUUGGGUGCGGCUUUGACUUCGCCGCCGACGUGCGGCUCACCCGCUGCAAGGCGGGGCGCUUGAUUGAGAUCGAUGGGGCCGCCGUAGAAGACAUGGUGUUGCCUGGUGGCAUCGUGAUGCCCUGCGUUCCGAAGUCUAUCCGCUGCGAUAAAGGGGAAAGGACUAGGUUUCAUUCCGAAGUUCUUUCUUUUCACCAGAUGUCAGAGCAGUUCAACCAGGAGAUGUCUUUGUCUGGUAAAAUUCCUUCUGGCUUGUUCAAUGCCAUGUUUGAUUAUCGUGGCUGCUGGAAAAAGGAUGCAUCAACAACAAAAAAUCUCUGUUUUGAUGGUUGGUUUAUAACUCUCUACAGUAUCGAACUGGAAAGAUCAAACUUAAUGUUGCUUGAACAAGUGAAACAUGAUGUUCCAUCUUCUUGGGACCCCCCUGCACUGGCUGAGUGAGUUCUCAACUGAGCUUCCUG